AAGUGCAUGUCAGGACUUGUCAGAAACGAAGAGGGCGUGGCGAAAGGAGUCUAGCCGCGGGAGUGAAAGCUGAGCGGGAUCACAACUGUGUAGCAUUCUCAUCUGUAAUCGACGCUAGGAUUGUUCCUCUAUUAUCCCCUUUGGCAAAUCAACGAUUUCGGCGUUAUAUUCAUUGCUCGAUCGGCGCUGCAACUGAAAUUUUCCUGGGAUGUUUAUUGACGUACGGUUCAGACAAUGGUAAAAAUGUCACACGAGUGGACUUUCAAGCAACGGAAUUAGCUAACUAGCCAGUUAGCUUUCUGUAUACGACCCCUAAUGACAAGGAACCAUCAACAUUACAUAAACUCUUGACUGUUAUCCUGUUACAACGAAACGUCAACAAAGGCAGGCUGCAGGUGGUAUGGCCAGACCCCAGACAGACGGAGGGGUGGAAAGCAGCGGCCAGAGCGGUCAGCAGAGCUGUCGCAUGGAGGCGCUGCGGCCGGAAGGCGCGCGGCAGGACGCCUGGCACGGGAGCGGCUUCCAUGCCCUGCAGAUGGGCUACCAGCCCUGCCACCCGCGCCGGGACAUCGCCACCCAGACCGCCUACAGCGCCGUGGCCCACAGCCCCCGCCCGACGCCCGCCUGUGUGCCCAGCUCACCUCCCUCAGAGACCGCCGGCGCCGCUGUCCGAGAGAGUGCAGACACAGGGAGGGAGCAGGGCAGCAGCGUCGAAAGGCCUCGUGAUGGACAGCCGCUGCCGGACCUGCUGCCCCAGAGACAGCGCCCCCUGGGGGAGCCCGCGGUUAACAGCAGUGGUAGCGAUCAGGAGAUCGACGACGACGCGUCGGGGAGAGUGGCCGACCAGCUGCGGAUCAUCGGGGACGAGUUGAACGCCUUGUUUCUGCAGAGAAGGAACGCUGUGCAGCCCUUGCAAGAUUGGAGAGGCCUCUGCUGGGGACUCUUCACCCUCAUCACAGACACCCUCAGCACUCUGUAUGUUCGUCGAAACAGAUAGACUUUGCGAUGGCUCAGGAGGGCUAAUUCCCCCAGGUGGAAGACACAGACAGUGCUGGGUCAGGGCAAAAUCUGCUGGACCGGAUUGCCUUUUUGUAGAUUUUGUACAUUAUUUUCUAUCUUGGUUUUGUUAGUUCACUUUAUCUGUUUUUUUUUUGUUUGUUUGUUUUUUUUGCUGUAGCAUUGUGGCGGGAGCAUGUGGUGGUCCAUGUCUGUGAGCGUACACACGUGUGUGUGAGUGUGUCUUCGAGCGUGCAUGUGUGUGUGUGUGUGAGCCGCUCGAUCUGCAGGCCCAGUGUCAGAAUGCGUCCCUAAAGCGUUAAAUGCGCGUUGCUGUGAAGGCUCUGUUUUGGGCCGCUGGGCUGGCGACUGGUUUUGGUGCACUUGAUGUUUCCACCGCCCCAGGCGGUAUGUACCACUAAUCCUGUCGGCCGACAGGCUGCGGCUCCUCCGGGGCGGCCUGCCUGUCUGUACUUACGAGCCUUCGUCACCCCUCUUCAAUCUAAGGGGUGGCCAGUCCCGCCCCUCACUACCAGGGCGAUUGCCCCUCCUACUAAUCAGGAGGGACCUUCAGGGUCUAAUCCCAGCAGGCCACUCUGUUGCCCAGUCAGCCAAUCAGCCAAUCAGGUCUUUGGACUAGGGCGGCUUUGCCUUUGUUAAGCUGGAGACGUGGCCUGGUCCGGCCAUGGUCGCGUUUCUCCCACACCCAGGGUCCUUGGACAUGGCCCCAUGCCGGCGGGACUUCAUUUUAUGUGGGAACAACCUUAACUGGAAGGGAGGGGGGGGGGGUGAGGCCAGCGCCCUAUGAAUUCAGAUGUGUACAGAAUUUAUAUUUUUUAUGGACUUCCUUAGACUUUUGAGAGCAUUUCUGCCUGUGCCGCACCCCUCCCUCUUGAGGAUCAAAUGCCUUGACCAGCGGUGGACAAUCCACUCCGGGUGUGUGGGUUCCAGCUGUGUGUACAGCUGUACAUACACUUCCUGUUCUAGCACGUUCCGCGCGGCCCGCGGCUCGACCAGGCCGCUGCUCGCGGUCCAUGUUCCUGGUUAGCGUCUGGCAGGUAGUCUUGUCAAAAUGCGUUGCUGUGUAGCUUCUGAGGACCUGCCGUUGUCCAUAGUUAUACUGAAUUUGUUUUGUAAAAUUGGGGAAGUGGCAGCGACCAAGCUGUUCGAGACCGGCUGGGUGAACCUGCCUUCUGUCGAGACUGUUCCUCCGACUAACCUGUAGUCUCUCAAUGACAGUUAAUUGUCGUUUAAGUGCUUCAAUGAGGGGUUCUCCCUGUUUUUAUGUUAAACCUUCAAGAAUUCUGCACUAUGAAUAUUUUUUUAUCGUGGACCAACUGUUGGAAGUGUUCUGACACAGAGGGAACUUUGUAAACGGGUUGACGAUAAUUGUUGAAAAAAUCGUUGAUGUAUCUAAAUCCAGUUUUUUUUAAAGCAAUAUUUACAGUUCAGAUACAUGAUUUGGAUUUUGAUAAGAAUCAAUUUUUGUUAUUUAAAACGAUUAAAUCCUCUACUGUGUGUUGGUUUAAAUGUCUGUCCAAGGGAACUGCAUGGCAGUUUCAAUCAGGCAGAUCUCAGUGGUUAUUCAGUGGCAUCCCCAAACGAUAAUAUUAUGAAAUCCCAAUUUUUACUGUAUAAGAACAAAUGUAAAGUAAUUAAUUUAUUCUUUUUUUAAUGAAAACAAUGGUAUAAUUUUUUUUUUCUCCAAAGGCCAGUUGUGUUUUUGGCUCUGUGUUUAAAUUUGGGUGAGCGUAGAGAAACCGAAACAGAGCGUGCUCUCACUUUCAAAAACGUGCUCUGAUUCCGCUGGUCUGUAGUCCGAGGUUUUUCACGUAACGAGACUGAAGAGCGCUGAGGUUGUUGACAACAGCGUCUGCGGUAACACUGCCGGAGCUGACGGGCCCGAAGCCCGUUUUUAUUUUCUGUUUGAAAAUUCAUUUCCAAGCGCCCAGGAAGUAGGACUGGAAAGUUCAUACCAACCAUAAAAAAAGCUUCCUUUUGUAAUCUCUGAGCCAUCAUUUCCCCCGCCCCCUUAUUUACAUAAAUGAGAUCCAGUUAAGGAUGCCAUUUAAAUGUAGCAUGAGUGAUGUAUGUUAUUUCAUCUCUAGUCACUCUCUCUCAGACUGUGAUGUAAAAUACUGAAGGAACUGAAACUACCAUCUUUAGGUUGCAUGAAUUUUUAAAAAAGCGAGCAAUCGUGCAGAUGCAGUUGGGGUAAAUGUCAAAGUUCGAAGUGCAAAAAAGGAUCAGCCUUACUGUAUCGUAAAGUAAUGCUGUGUCUGUGGUCUGAAGCUGUGUACAUUUGCUACUUGACAUUUUCUAUGUGAAUUUUCUAUGUGAAUUUUUGUAUUUUUUUUUUCCUUUUUACAAUAAAGUUUUAAAAAUUGAUCAA